AUGUCUGGGCAUACUUAUAAAAAAAAGUUACUGUUCCAUUCAGGGUUCUCCGCCACAAAACAAUUGAAAAGAAAAAAAAGCACAGCUUUCAUUCUGGAUUUAAAUAAACGACCAGUAGGAUAUUCAUACAAUGGUUCCUCAGAGUCUAAAGGAUUGGCAGGGGUGUUGAGGGCACCUCGGUGCAGUGCCUGUCAUCCCGAAAAAAAGGGAAUCACGGGACAGUCCUGCCCAAAACUCCAUCAAGGAUCGACGACUUUUGCAACCAUUCCGCGCGGCAAAGGUUCCUCCGUCGACUCGGGCACAGGCGGGGGCAGUUCAGGUGGUUCGUCGAGUGGUUCCCGAGGUCGGGGGCCGCUUUUUUGGUCACGUUCGUUGACGUCAAGCGCUGGAAAAAAGAGUGAAACCGGCCGCCAAAAAAGGGCGACCUCCGUCGCCUCGGUGGAAGUGGGGGAGGAGGCGGCUCUGGUACAGUCCGCUGUCGCUCCCCCUCGAAAGAAUAAAGAUGAAAGGCCACAAUCCACUAGUUGCACAAACGACUUAUCAACCAGAAAUUCAACACCUUUUAAAGUCGACGACAUAGAAUUUAUAGAUCAGUUCUCUUCUGGUCAAGAUGUUUCGAAAAUUAGCAAAGGAUAUCACACUCUUGAUUCUGAUAAUGAUUUCAAUGAAAUCAAAGAGCAAUCUGUGGAAGAUGAUGCCUUUAAAACACCUCCGAAUAAAUUACAAAAGGCUAAAGCCAAAAGUAAGACUGCCAGCAGCAAGAAAAAGAAUAAGAAAGUUAAAGGAAUCCAAGAAGCCCCAUCACCUGACAUGAAAAAUCAAAAAUCACCACCUAAAGAACAAAUUACCACAGUCAAAACUGUUAAAACAGAUACAGAUACCAUAAAAGUUGUCAGUGUUACGACCAGCUUAAACCGAUAUACUUUUAUGAAGUUAAUGGACAACGAAAAGCCACCUGAUAAUCAUUUUGGAAAGAAAAUCAGGACUCAUAGCUGUAGCAGUAUCCCGUAUGAUAAUUUGAUUGAGAACUUAGCUCCUUUUAGAAAGAGGUUUUGUAACGUGCAGCUUUUCAAUGACAAAGAUGAGAAAGAGCAGCAAAAUGAAAAAGAGAUCGUUUUUACUCCAGAUUCGGCACCUCCUGCUACCGGCACCGAGUGCGACUCUGACGUGCAUUGCAUCGUCGCAUCUAUCCUGGAUGAGGUUCUGGAUAUGGCUGUUGAGAUUAUCCAAAAGAACCAGUUGCUUUGCAAAUCGGAAGUGGCGGAUAAAUCGGGAUCGGAACCAAGUGGCGAUCAAGUUGAAGAGCAAAAGGAACAGGAUCAAAAGGUGGAAGAGGAGUUUGAGUAUAAGUCGAGGAUCCGGUGCAACACCGGUGACAUACUAUCGAGCUUAUACACGCCAAAAAUUACGCAUGCGCCUUCGAGCGACACGCUUAUUGAUGCCAAAAGUUUCGUCGAAGAUUACGAGGAGUACCAUGACUCCUGCAGUGAAAUGCCAGACUCUGAGCUGGCUGUUAAUCAGAUAAUGAACGAGCUAAGUGACUCAGUGGAAAAAGCCGUGGCCGAGCGUCAACGCCAGAAACGUAAAAAAGAUAAAUUCGUAAAACAUAGCGGUGUAACGAGUCUCAUUCCAAUAGAAACAGAUUCUAACGCCGAAGACGACAUUGACCUUCAACAGAAUGAUAUGAGAUUACUAGAAGUAGGUGCUAUGUAUAACAUACCCAAGAAUCUAUUCCAGAGUGCUGAAAUGAUGGAGAUUACUGAACAGACUAUCGAUAGGCAUGAUGAAAAUGCUGAUAGUAAUUUGGAAGUGGAGCAACCAGUGGUGGUGAAUUUGAAAGAAAGACCUGUAGGGAAGGAGGACGAUGAUGACGUCUAUCGACCUAUAGCUGUUAGUCCUGAUGGAAGGUUUUUCAAAUAUGAAGAAGAAAUCGGUAGAGGAUCCUUCAAAACAGUAUAUAGAGGUCUGGAUACACAAACGGGUGUGGCAGUCGCCUGGUGCGAACUCCAAGAAAAAAAACUAAAUAAAGCCGAAAGGCAACGUUUUAGAGAGGAGGCUGAAAUGUUGAAGAAGCUUCAACAUCCUAAUAUAGUGAGGUUUUAUAAUUAUUGGGAAAGUUCUGCCGCUAAAAAGAAAAAUAUUGUUCUCGUUACCGAGUUGAUGCUUAGUGGAACUUUAAAGACAUACUUACGACGUUUUAAAAAAAUCAACCCCAAAGUCCUUAAAUCAUGGUGCAGGCAAAUUCUGAAAGGCCUAGCUUUUUUACAUUCUCGUUCUCCACCCAUCAUACAUAGGGAUUUGAAGUGUGAUAAUAUUUUCAUAACUGGCACUACUGGAUCCGUGAAAAUAGGAGACUUAGGUUUGGCAACAUUGAAAAAUCGAAGUUUUGCAAAGUCUGUAAUAGGUACUCCAGAGUUUAUGGCUCCGGAAAUGUACGAAGAACAUUAUGACGAGGGUGUGGAUGUUUAUGCGUUCGGUAUGUGCAUGUUGGAGAUGGCAACCAGCGAGUACCCGUAUUCGGAAUGCACUGGUCCUGCUCAAAUUUAUAAGAAAGUUAUUUCCGGAGUCAAGCCAGCUAGUUUUGAAAAAGUGCAAAAUCCUGAAGUUAAAGAUGUAAUCGAAAAUUGCAUCAGGCCCAGAAAGGAGGACAGGCCAAAAGUUAAAGAUCUGUUGCAACAUGCAUUUUUUGAGGAGGAUGUUGGCUUAAAGGCAAAAUCUGGAAUUAUUUUUGAAGAAGACGCCAACACAGUAUCCCAACUAUUAAAGACGCAGAUCAUGCAAAUAAAUAAGGAACGUGAAAAGAAAGACAAGCAGAAUAAAGAACAAGAAGCUAUGGCUCAACAAUUACAGUAUCAACAGUAUUUACAACAACAAGCUGAGCAACAGCAACAACAGCAGUUGAGCCAGCAACAGAGUAGUCAGCAGCAGUAUCAGCAACAGCCUCAAUACCAGCAACAAUCAAGUAUGGUUCAACCUGAUCAACAGCCUCAAUAUCAGCAACAGACAACCAUGAUUCAGGCAGAUCAACAGCCUCAAUAUCAGCAACAGACAAGCAUAGGCCAACCUGAUCAACAACAGCAAUAUCAGCAACAACCAAGCAUGAUUCAGCCAGAUCAACAGCCGCAAUAUCAGCAACAGCCAGGCAUGAUUCAACCAGAUCAACAGCAUCAAUAUCAGCAACAGCCAAGCAUGAUUCAACCAGAUCAACAGCAACAAUAUCAGCAACAACCCAGCAUGAUUCAACAAGAACAGCAGCCUCAAUAUCAGCAGCAGCCAACCAUGAUCCAAACAGAUCAACAGGCUCAAUAUCAGCAACAACCAAGUAUGAUUCACCCGGAUCAACAGCCCCAAUAUCAGCAACAGUCAACCAUGAUUCAGCCAGAUCAACAGCACCAAUAUCAGCAACAGACAACUAUGAUCCAGCCAGAUCAACACCAGCAAUAUCAGCAUCAACCAAGCAUGAUUCAGUCAGAUCAACAGCCACAAUAUCAGCAACAGUCGAGCAUAAUUCAACCAGAUAAGCAUCAGCAAUAUCAGCAACAACCGAGCAUGAUUCAGCCAGAGCCACAGCAACAAUACCAACAACAGCCUGGCAGUAUUCAACAAGUACAGCAAGAGCAGCCAUAUCAACAACAGACAAAUGUUGUACAGCAACAACCGAAUGUUGUACAGCAACAGCCAAACGUUGUGCAGCAGCAAGCACCCCCAGAGCACCAGCAUCAGUAUUCCCAACAGCCUCUACCUGAAAUGCAGCAACAGUAUUCUCAACAGCCCGCUCAGCAACAGAUUAUUCAGCCAGUUCCACCUGAAAACAAUUUAUCUGAAAACAAAUUAUUUUUGCAGCAACAGAACGUAGUCUUUCAACCACCCCCACAAACUCAACAACCGCCUCCGCAACAAACUCAACAGUCCCAGAGCCAAUCUCAACACGUUUUGCCGUCUCCAAAUCAAUCCCAACACGUUUUGCCUACCCAAACUCAAUCUCAGCACGUUUUACCGCCCCAAACUCAAUCUCAACACGUUAUGCCACCCCAAAGUCAAUCUCAACAUGUUUUACCACCCCAAGCUCAACCAGGUCCUUCGGCCGAUCAGUCGCAGAUGCAAUCGCCUCCCACUGUUCAAAUACAGAGGCAACAAUCUUUGGACCCUAAUAAUAUACACUCUCAAACGAUUGUGCACAAACAGACAGCUCCUACUCAGUUUGUGCAACAGAAUUAUAUACAAGAAGGAGUUGCACAGCAUGCAGAGUAUUUACAAGCAAAUCAAGAAAAUGGAACCCUUAAAUCAAUUUCGCAGCCAGAAUUUCUGCAUUCAGCACCUGUUCAUAAUGAACAACAUCGACUAAGUGUGGAUAGUCAACUAGAAAUGCAGCCGGCACAUAAUUUUCAACAGCAGCAACAAAAUUAUGUUUCUCAGCCUGCAAAUUAUCAACAGCAACAAACUUACCAGCAACCGCAAGGACAAACGUACCCGACGCAACCUAGUUAUCCUGAUCAGCAACAACAGAAUCAAACUUAUCAGGCACAACCACAAAGCUAUACUGAACAGCAGCAAGGACAAAAUUAUCAAAGCUAUUCUGAGCAAUACCAACAAUAUCAGCAACAUCCUCCUGCUGAUAUGGCUCAGCAACAGUUUGUACAACAACAUCAGCAGCAACAGUAUCAGCAGCCGCAUCACUAUCAACAACAGCAAAUUCCUUGCCAGCAACCGUCAACGUAUAAUCAACAAUACACUCAGCAAUCGCAGCAAUACAUAACACCACCGGUUGAGCAGCAGCAUCCUCCCCAAUUCGUUCAGCAACCUAAUAUCGAUCAGCAACAGCUGUAUCAACAGCAAUAUGCUGCACAACAAAAUCAGUCAAUGCAGCAACAUGUACAUAUGCAACAACAACCCAUUCCUGUUCAGCAACAACAACCAAUUCCUGUACAGCAACAACAACCCAUUCCUGUUCAGCAACAACAACCAAUUCCUGUUCAGCAGCAAGUGCCUGUACAACAGCAACAACAAUUGCCUGUGCAACCAUUGCCAGUGCAACAACAGAUGCCUAUGCAGCAACAGUUGCCUGUACAACAGCAACAAAUCCCUGUACAGCAACAGCAAAUGCCGGUACAUCAGCAGCAACAACAGCCUGUGGUUGUUCAACAGGCUGCUGAACUAAAUCAAGAUAUAGUACAUCAGCAGCAGUGUCAGCAAAUGGGUCAUAGGUCGUCUACAACAGACAUCCCUCCAAUGAACCUAGAACAGCUCCAGCAAAAAUUAGCUGCCCAAAGUCUCAAAGAUCAACACAGAGCCUCUACUACAUCUUUACCACCAAUGCCGAAUUUCGAUCAGGCUCAACUUGAUCAUCGUAGACAUUCAACGGUAUCUCAACCUGCUUCUACUCAGGAAUACACUCAGCUGCAACAGCAGAUCAUUGCUGAGGAGUUUUCACAAGCACAGAGUAUAGAGGAGAUUCCACUACAACGAUCUGAAUCAACAAUAGAAAACGGUCUACCCACCUCUCAAACAGAAGUAGGUUUAACUUCAGACCAAUUAGUGGCCACAUCAAACCAGCAACAAACUAUUGCAAGUCCGACUGGGCAGCAAAACCAACCCAACAAUGACGAUUUGGAUUUGUCAAUUUCUGAACAGGAUCAUUCAUCUUCAACUGGUGCGGAUCUGGAACCCACCAAACGCCGAUCUACAAAACGAUCUUCGAUUCGUCACAGACUCCUGGUUGAUUCAGUUCACGUUGACGGCACAGUAGAGUGCCGUUUGCUAUCCAAACAGCAAACGAUCAGUUUUAAAUUUAACCGUUUGGAUACUACACCAUCGGAUAUAAUCGAAGGUAUGACCAAGCAGGACCUUCUCAAAGCUGGUCAGCACGAGAAAUUGAGAAGUAAUUUACAGGAAGUCAUGAACGAACUAAAAUUGAGGCCAGAUCAGGUUCCCCAGUGUGACCAGUCCGGAUCGAGCAGUCGUGAUGGACAUCAGAGAGAUGAAACUAGUUCUAGGAUUCUCACAUCAAAAUUUGACCAAGCAGAUGAUUUUCAAGCUAUAAAAACUUCCCUCGGGGACACCAUUUAUCAAAAUUUACGAUGCAGAGAAAGUCUUAAUUCCAGCGGAACAGUGUCUCGCAAAACAAGUACAGCCUCUGAAUAUACUCCAGAACAUACUUAUAUUACCAACAGCAACAAUAGAGUAGUAAAUCUACAUCAAACUAAUGUAAGCUAUACAAAUGAGAGCUGCGUAGUAGCCCCGCAAGAAGUUUCUUCAGCUUCAAACAACGAUCAAGAGGGGGAAACUUGUAAACAGGACAAAGAAGACGUCGUAGACCAAGCGGAUGCUUUCAAAACGGAAUUAGUGAAUAGCUUGAAACAAAAAGAAUCUCCCUCUUUAGUGCCAGGUCAAAAGGUUAACCUGAAAGUAUUUGUUAUGAGUGUUGAUAAUGGCGGAGAAAAUGACAAGCAAAAUGGUUCUGAAGAAGUCACUGUGGAGGUUCAAAAAACCGUUGCUGAAGUUUCACCUCCUGAACCACUUGAACGAAUAAUUAAAGUGAAUAUGGAAGGCGAUUUAAAAGCGGACAAUGCGCUUUUAAAAUCUCCGCAAAGAAAAAUAUCGAGGUUUUUAGUCAGUCCGGUGUUGAGUGGGCAGUUGGAUUUGCCCAAAGAUAAAGAGGUGGAAUUGGAGAACAGUAUUCCGGAAGCUCCACUAAGCGGUGAAGCAGCUCCUGUGGUCGUGACAUCACUUCAAACAGAAUCCCAGCUGAAUACCCAACCGUCUCAAAGCAAUUUCCCAGCAAUUGACCCCCAGAUCACUCAGCAAACUCCACCUACAAGUAUUCCACAUUCAAACACAGAAGUUUCUCCUGUGCAACCUGCGCAGCUUCCGCAAACAAACCAGCAACAGGCUCCAUUAGUGGCUUCGCCUCAAACUGGCGCGGUUGCUACUCCCCCAGCCACUGGGCCGCCUUCAAGAAAAAUAUCCGCUCCGGAAAGUUCCACCGGGUUGGGUAUUGAGAAGCCCGUGGAACAGAAAAUAAGCGUUUGCAGUUUGAAAGAGGAGAGCACUACAGGGAAAGGUGAAACUGGUCAAGUUUGCGGUCCGGAACUUAUCAAUACUAUUGAGCAGCUUAAAAUUAGUUUGGAUAAUUUGAAAAAUAGUAGUCAUCCGAAAAAAGACGAAGAACCCAAAAAAGUGCAGAGUAAUGUUGAUGUUUCUGUAAUAAAACAACCUCCUCCAUCCAAUCAACAACCCCCAGCCAGCUACGUACCGACGACUCAAACUCCUGCUGCGCAACAGCCUCAAUUUAUUCCACCCAUGUCGCAACAGCCUCAGCAAGUUGCCCCCCAACCUCAGGCUGUUUCUCAGCUUAUUCAACAGCCUCAACAAGUACCCCCUCAAGUUAUUUCUCAAUCCAUUCAACAAGUUAUAAGUCAACCUCAAGCUAUCUCUCAACAGUCUCAACAAGUUCUGGCUCAACCUCAAGCUGUUCAAGCGACAUCGCAAACUUCUCAACAACAGGCUCCGCCCAUGGUGCCCCACCACUCGCAACCUCCACCAACAAUGCAACAACAAAAUCAGGUUCCAAUUCCUACACAACCCGGUCAACCUCAGCAACAAUAUGUACCUUCUAACCAAGCUGUACCGGCUCAACCCCAGUAUUCACAAGCUGCGCUUACCCAGGCAGCUACUCAACCACAGUCUGUUGGUUCAUACACUCAACCACCACAGUCGCAUCCGCCACAGAUGCAACAAACUCCAUCGAUUCAAUCAUUGCCAACUCAGCAAAUGUCGCAACAGCCUCAAAGUGAACCAAUGGCUUCUGUUCCAGCUCAUACUCAGCCAAUGACUAAUGUUGCUAAUCAACAGGGAUAUGCACUGCCGAUUAGUAAUAACCAGUAUGGGCAAGCUGGUCAACAAAUUCCACCACCAAAUGUACCAUUGCUGUCAAACGUAAUGACGGUUGCACCAACUCAGCAACCUCCUCCUAUGAAUUAUCAAACUGGCCCCAUUGGACAACAACCAAUGACAAUGACUUCACCACAGCAAAUGGUUUUGCCCCAAGUGCCAACAAACCAACCGAGCGAUGUUGUUUAUCAACAGCAACAGAUUUACGCUCAGCCGAUGGCAGCUUCCGGAUCCGUGCAAAAUUUGGCAACAGCCGCCCAAGUAACUCAACCUACGAUGAUGCAAGGAGGUGCUGGACAUUUCCAGUCGUCGAUGUCUAUUGAUGAAAAUAUGCAAGCUUAUGGACAACAAAAGAUUUUGCCCGAUCUAAAACACAUUGUGGAAAGUGGAUCCAACAAAAAUAGUCAAGCAUCUACUCCGCAACAACAAGACAUGAUGUACGAUCUGAAUUUCCAAAGGAAUCUCCAACAAAGAUUGUCUACAAUUCCCCAGACAGGACAAUAUGUGCCAAAUACUACAGCACCUUCCAGUCCUCACACUUUAGUUAGUUCUUUAGAAUUUCCACUAGAUGGACUUUCUGCUGCAAUUAGUCUUAAUAAGCUUCGCAUAGAAUCUGGUAGUAGUCCAGGUAGUGGUGUAACUUCUUCUGAAAUCCUCUCGCCGGUUUUAGAAUCUGAUCAGCACAGCUUUCAUGUUACAACAAGUAAUGUGCCUUCUGUGCAGUCAAGUGUAGACACUAAAAUUAAAGAUUUAAACGAUCUGAACGAUCAAUUGAAGAAAAUUAACGAAAAACAACAUUUAGAGAAACAACAGGCAUUAACUGAAGUUUCUCCACAAUUGCAAACAUUGGAAAACAAAACUGUAGAGGCGAUAGACGAAGCUAAACGAGAACUGAAAUUAGAGUUGGAAAAACUGCACGAUUCUGGAACCCCUGUUAGUCAGACGCUCCAAGAAUCAACGACACAAGAAGACACCGUGACGCCGUUGCCUACUCGCGAACGGCGAGUUUCUCGGUUUAAAGUAAGCGUCAUUACCGAACCUGACCAAAGCAAAUUGAUUGCUCCCAGUGCUCCAGAAUCGAGUAAUAUCGAACCAGAUCCAAAACAGAGUGACACUUCUUUAAAAGACGAUCCAGUGAUAGAAACACCCUCGCAGAUGGUUCAGGUGACAUCUCAUAGUAGCAGUGCGCCACAUGGUCACGAUUUUACUACCGUGAUUAAUACAACUUUUGAUUCCUUGAAGACGACUUUGGUUAAGUCGUUGCCAAAUACUGGAGAUGAUUUGUCAACAGAAGAACAGGUCUCGCAAGUUAGACUUGUCACCACCACCUUUGGCAUAACUCCUCAACAAACGGGCACCACAGACACUCUCAUUUUAACUCAUACUUUGCCUUUUAACAAUAGCGAAAAUACAUCAUUGAAAAAAUCUUUAAGUUAUGGAGACUUGAAGCGUGAAAUCGAGACUAUUUUGCCGAUUAAUCAAACCGAUGAAGAAAAUGUGCGCCGAAUUACUUUGAGCGGACGAAGGCAGUCGAAAACUUUCCGGCAAUUUCCCCAAAUUAUCGUAGAACCGCCCGACAAUGAUAGUAGUUUAACUACUAGUAUGCCUGAUAUUAGAAAAUCAGUGCAAGAUUCACAAAAGGUUAUUAGAAAACUCUCAAUAGUGCUCAAUAACGUAUCAGAUCAAAAUGUAUCGUGUCCUGAUUUAACUGAUACAAAAAUAUAUAAAAUGCCUAACGUUCACCAACUUACUAGGCAAAAAUUUGGUUUUCUCAGACCCACUGAGUCGCUAAGAACGCGUAAAACAAAUACCAGCAUUGUGUUGGAAAGCCAAACCAGCCUCAGGGAUUUAGCAGUGAAAAAACCCAUCAAAAGAAAAAAGCGAGUGGAAACGCCCACUGAAGUUAUUAAAAGAAACUGGAAAGUGAAACAUUCUAAAUCAAUGCAUAAUUUGCUCAAAGAAGUACCAAAAACUAAAGUAAGAGAUCAAAAUUAUUAUACUAUACAUUCUUCAGAUCAGUUUUCAAGAAACUUUGAAGGACAUUAUCGAACAAGACACAACAGUGAUGGAAGUUGCCAACAAAUAUCACAUAUUGAAAAUAUGGGAUAUUAUAGUAGACAGAGUAGACCCUCUCCAGCUCUUCAACGUACCACUUGUAACUGCUAUUCUAGUUUAAACAGCCGUAGUUUUUCAUAUCAAAACCUGACCUCCGUAGACUCAUUUUCACCAUUUAACCAUCCCCAUACACAUUAUCAACCAGAUUUUCCAUACUUUGAGAGAGCAUCGCCACAUUAUAAACCAACAGUUUUGCAUUGCGAAUUGUGUCAACACUAUUGGCAGCACUCAAGGUGUGAUCGGGGGGCGUGGCCCGAGCAAAGGUGUGGCUGUGAAACGAGAGAGCACGUUAUAAAUCAUGUGGUGCCAAUUGAGGAAUAUUUGGAGACGUACUUUGAUCGUAACAGGGAAGAGACAUUUGAAGAGAUGCUAAAUCGACAAAAGGCAGAAUUGAACGCACUUAUGGAAGCCCAUAGAAGGCAGCAGUUGGAGUACAUGGGAAAAUACAAAAGGCAAAAAGAUAGAGGUGAUACCUAGUGUUAAUUUAACAAUACUCCAUUUGAAGGAAUAGCAAGGAAUAAUAGCGAAGCAUUAUCAAAGAGAGAUAAUAUAUAAGAAGAAAUAGAAUACGAUUUGACUAGUGAAAAAAUUGUGAGAAUGAAGGCUGUAUAAUCAUUAAUUAUUUGUUUAUAUUGUAUAUUGGUUUUGAAAAAUGUCUAGUUUAUUAAUUGUAUUUGCUAAUAAUUUAUUUUUAAUAUCCUCCUGUUACAAUUAGCUUAUUGUUUUAUUAUGAUGAAAAGAAUCUGAUCAGUAAAAAACUUAUUAGGCAUUAACUUUGUUGUUUUAUUGAUUCUUUACAUAAAACGUAUGUAAUACCUACCUAAAUAUAAUAUAUAUAUAAAAUACAUUUAUCAACCAUUUGAUCAUCCUAUCUAAGAUUUCAUAUAAGGACAAUGUUAGUUUAACCAAACAAAUCGUGAAAUGUUGUUCCAUUGUAUCCAACGUCUGCUGUAGGUGAGUUUUGGUAGCAAAUGUACAUUCUGUCGGUGGUAUGCCAAUAGCUUCUUCAACAGCCUUGAACAAUGCUUUCGAGUGCUUCUUGUUUUCAUCAACACCCAAAGCUCCGAUGCUCAUUAAUGUAGCUUGAGCUGCAGGUUCAUCGGUACCUCCCCAGGACAUGUUUACAUUUCCAAUAACUGUGGCUACACAGUAAUUUAGUGGUUUUCCCAAGGACUUUGAUAAAAUUUCACAUAAUUUUUUGGGAAAAUCCUUAGGGAUUUUCUCUUGCGGGAUGUUAGUUUCUAGCCGAAAAUGAGGCAUUGCUUUUAUAUUUUUUUUUAUUACAAAAACAAAAUGAGAAAAACAACUCAACGAAACAAGCCUGUGUGGUUCAAAUCUCAAGCCCCCCCCACUUCGCCAAAGUACCAGUGAUGACGUAAGAAGCGUGUCGUUUCUCGCCAUGACGUAGGGUGUUUGCACCACAGGCUAUAGUUGUAUUCCUUACAAGAGUUUGAAACACUCGAGCUACUCGCUCCGGUGUUCAGUCGCCCCCGAUUUACAGGGAAUAGAUGCGUGAUGCAACAAACACUUUUCGAAAGGAAUAAGGGCGGGUAUUAUAAAACUACAUUGAGAGUUAAGCCCCGGAGCUGUUCCGGAGCUCCUCCUAGGUGUGAAAGCAAUACAACUUAUGAUUCCGCUCAAGUUCGUACAGUUAAACCCUUUUCACGUGGCUCCGGUUAAACAAACCGCAACAUACCGCUCAAAUUCGAGUGGUAGGGAUCCAUCACGUCACUUUGCAACCGGGUUAGAAAACGGUAUAUCAUUUCUCUAACCGUUUUGUAACCCGGUUAGUUAAACCGGAGCCACGUGAAAAAAACUUAAGGUUGUCUGGCAAGGGGUAACUUGAUGACGUCAUAUGUGGUGCUUUUGCUUAUCAUGAAUUUAGAUUCUAAACUACGACCGCUGGUGCAAACAGCUGACGACUUAGUUAAUGACGUCAGCAAUGGUGCUACACCAUUUGACCGCGAUAACCAAAAACGAUUUCUCAGAUUUCUCUUCUUCUUUUAUAAUAGGGCCAUUACUAGUUUACCUACUCGUUUACUAGUAAAAUAAAAUUCAAAUCAAAACAAUAUUUUUUUGAGAUUAGUGACAACUGUGACGAGGGUUUCAGGUUUUUUUUUCGAUCUACGUUGACUGUUGGUGACUGUUGUGUUGACUGCCUUCGGCUUAUGACUUUGUGCAAGGUGGUCUCUGCGUAUGACAUCACGAUACUCAUGCUCAUACUGUUCCGCUCCGUAGAGUGCAAAGCCGAACUCAGCAUGUUGUAGAUGCCAAACAUGACAAUGCCAAUUUCAAACAUAACCGUCCACAGUGUGACAUAAUAAAUAAUUUUUCAAUGAUUUUCAUGUAAGCUACGGGCUUGACCUAGCAGGGGCUUGACAUGAACAAACAUACUGAAUUUUGUUUCACGCGUAAAAUGCAUUAACCGAGUUUAAAAAAGUGGUCAAGAAACAAAUUUC